UCAGCAGUUUACCAGUGUCGGAGAGGUAUUAAUACCAAUGAAAGAAAUGCAAACGAACAUGACUAUGAACACAACAGUGAAUGAAGGGCAGCCAGUUACAUUUCUUUUCUGCUUCAAUCCUUUAGCGAGAAGAAUCGGAGAAACUAUUGUUUAUUGCUUGUUACUUGUUAUUUCGUUGGUGGGAAACACUCUUAUUGGGAUAAUUGUCUACAGGACAAGAAGCUUAAGAAAACCCAUCAACUUUUUUAUCGUUAACAUGGCCAUGUCCGAUCUGAUUUAUUCGCUUUUCCUGUUCACGCGAAACAUAACACAGCUACAUCUGGGCUUCGAAGCCUGGUUAAUAAGAGGUCGUCUUGGCGAGGCGUUGUGUAAGAUGACAACUUUCUUGGCAGAUGUCUCAACCGGUGUGUCAAUUCAGAACCUGGUUUUAGUGGCAGUGGAUCGAUUUGGGGCUGUGAUAAUUCCCCUCCGUUCGCCACUUAUCAGUAGAAAAUUGUCCUACUUCCUAAUUUUUGCUUCUUGGAUAGUCGCCAUGGCUGUCUACUCGCCGUUUUUCCUCACCUUUACGGUUGUUGAGUAUUCUGGAGGGGCCAAAUGUCAGAGGCAGUGGAGUGAAGUUUUUGGGGAUUCUACGUCUCUCAAACACUACAUCCUGACCCUUUCAAUUUUAGUGUUUUAUAUUCCUUUGUUGUCGAUUGCCAUACUUUACAUCGCCAUUUUUUUAAAACUGAAGUCACAGAAGACGCCAGGCGAACAAUCAGACAACUCAAGGAAAAACAGAGAAAGACGAGAGCGAAACGUGCUCAAGAUGUCGAUAGCUAUCGUGUUUACAUUUGCGAUAUGCUGGUUUCCCUUCACUUCCAGCGAAAUAGGAUACCUUUUUUUGGCGGACAGGGCCCUGAUAUUUUCUUGUGGGUACAACAUUUUCAGACUUGUUGCAUUUGUUCUGGCUGUAUCAUAUUGUGCGAUAAACCCCUGCAUCUGUUUCAUUUUCAAUGGAAAUUAUCGUCAAGGACUUAAGAAACUCCUUAGUGGCUCAUUUGUUGAUAACAGGGUUGAUCCAGUCCCACCCGCCCAGUAGUAGUCCUUAGAACACAGCUAAUAAGCCAGGCUAGUUGUCGAUGAUAUUUCAUACAGGAAAGAAGGAUAUUUAUGAGAAGAAAAAACUUAUCAUAAAUUGAUAAAUAAAUAAUAACGGGUCUUACGACACAUUUCACAAGUCACAGAGUCUAGAAAUAAUAUAAUUUUAAAAAAGACUAUUUGACACCUUACAAAGCGCCAAGGAGUUGAACUUGGGGCAACUGAAAAACGAUCCAGUGUGUAUCAGGGCGGAAGCCUUAAAAAGAGAAAGCUUGCUAACAUAAAAUAACCUGUGAAGGCGUAUAAUUAAGUUUUGUUUGCAAAACGAGUAUUACUUACUUCCACAAUGUAAUCGCAUGCAAGUAAUCACUCAGGUACUCAGGUUUGCCACUUUGUAAGACCAUUAUGUAGAGACAAUUUGGAACAGUACUGUUUCCAAGGAUGA